UGUCUGGACCACUCGUGAGACGAAACGACGAAAGUCUCUUCGUAGUAGUACUACGUAAGUGCGGGAACAUAGUAGUACUUUCGUAGCUUUGACCUUUUCAAGCACAAUGCAGCAGGGCCUUUGCAGGACCGACCUUUGCACUCGUCGACUGGACUUUCAACGGAUACGUAUUUUCUUGUGUUUUUGUUUACAACGACUAAAAGGAAACGAUUUUUUUCUCUUUUCUUUCUCCUAUUGUGACAUCCGAACAUCCUGUAUAAAAAACAAAAAAAAGAAAGAAAAAAGAGAGAAAAAGCAGAUCCUGGGAAGGAAAGCAAAAGUAGUAAGAAGGGCACCAUGGGCGGCAUUUGACCUCCCACGAGUGUGCCACGACUAACAAGAAGAAGAAAAAGAAGAAAAAGAAGAAAAAGGAAAGAAAGAAAAAGAAGAAGAUGAUGACGAUGAAAAAGGAGAGGGAAGAUAGAAGAGAAGAUCGGACUCUGUAUAGGGGAUUUUCUAUAAACUUCCGACGGAUAGAAAAAGAGAGAGAAAGAGAGAGAAAAAGAUAAAGAGAGAGAAGCAUCGGUGCCAUAUAGUCGCAUGAAGCAGCUUAUGUAUUUAAACGCGAACGGACGCGACGGACGGUCCGAUCUUUCUUUCUCUUGACAAAGAGCCCUUUUGUAUCUAUACGACCAUGUACUUACUAACAUAGAGAGACGUUCGAGACGCUUGCAACUGGACACCAUCGUUCCCGUUGACUUUCAGGAUUUCUUUUGCUUCUGUCCACCUAUUUAAUGGUUCGCACGCGUACCAGCAGGUCCUCGAGACGCCGCGGCCGGCGUCGCUUUCCCACAGUUAAGAAGGCGCCUCGCUAUCUCUUGGCGCCUACUAUAUACGACAGGGCCACACAUUCACCAACACAAAUGUUUCUUCCUAUUCGUAAUCGAUCUUCGAAGCUAGGAAUCGAAACGAACGGAUAAUGCUUUAGAAUGUUGUCCUCUUCGAUAUCGGCUACUCCGUUCAGCGUGCGUGAUAUUCUUAACGAGGAUCAACAGUUUGCAGUAAUGGAGUGUUAUCCUCAUCAUCAACAUCAACCUCAUCAUCAACAGCAACAACAACAACAUCAACAACAACAGCAACAGCAACAACAACAGCAACAGCAACAGCAACAGCAACAACAACCACAGCAACCUCAUAUACCGCAGGAUUAUUACGCGUACAACGUGGUGCCUGACAAUAAUUGGGACACGGAGAAAUUCAAGGAACAAGGGGUGCCUAGUUAUUCUCAUUAUUCCGAAUUAAAUCAUGUACAUCAGCUGAGUCAAGUCGUCCCGCCUUAUCAAGAAACUCCUGUCACCGAAGAUGGGAACAUCGUGACGUCAAGCAAAACGGAAUUGCGAAAGAGUCAGUCCGGUAAAAGAACGAAAAGAAAACCAAGAGUAUUAUUUUCACAGACACAAGUUUAUGAAUUGGAACAACGUUUCAAGCAACAACGAUACCUAAGUGCACCGGAACGUGAAAUGUUGGCGCAGAGUUUGAAGUUAACAAGUACUCAGGUGAAAAUCUGGUUCCAGAAUCGUCGUUACAAGAACAAACGUGCGAGACUCGAGGACGCUGAGAAACUUCAGGCACAGGGUAUGAAGAAUCAAUCGUUGAAGAAAAUUUCUGUACCCGUUUUGAUAAAAGAUGGUAAACCGAACGUUCACGAAACUUACAACGUACCAUAUUGGUCGAACGUCCGACCGGAUAUGUCGAUGAACAUUCAAGGAGACUUUAGAAGUUCUGAAUCGAUCGUUAGAUUGAGCCCAGAGUUCAGAACAAGUUCGAGCGAGAUGAGAAUGGAUUCGAAUAUCAGUCCGGAGUAUAGAAAUGAAGUCAAUUCUGAUCAUAGCAAUAGGUCUGUACUUAAUAUUGACGUACAACAAAGACAACAAAUGUUGCCAAACAAUGAAUACAGGUCCAAUUACGUUACGGAUAUUCGUCCUGGUGUUCACGAGUGUGUCAGAACGAUCAAGACCGAAUACAAAGGUACAACAAAUCCUGUUAACGACGUAACCUUUCCCGAUUUGAAAUGUGUACCGGCGGAUAACAAAAUGGUAGCCGAGUGUCGAGCUGGUAUAAUGGAUGUCUCCAGUACCGAGUAUGGUUUCACGAAUUAUAUCAGUCCGUUGAAUUAUCCGAUGCAAUAUGUGAACACGAUCGACGCACAAAUAUCGUCAGGAAUUGAUCAAAAUCUUCAACGGUUGUGGUAAAUCGAAGAUUAACACCGGUGAUUUUACCUACGACAUACGAACUUAAAUAAGUGUUUACAUUUUUUUAUUGACGAAAACACAUCGACCAAUGAAAUCCGAUUUUCGGAUUAAUUAUUAGAUUGUAAUAUUAAUAGAGAAGACAAAAACGAAGACGAUAUUGAUG